AUGAAGGUGAGGGAGCUGCGAAAGGGCAGGCGGCGAGCAAACCCCUGGCAACGCACGAGCAGAGACACUCUGAGAAGUACUCGAGGCUCCAUCCGGUUCGCGUUCUGCAGAGCAUCACUCCAUGCAGGUUGCGUGCAGGUUGCCAGGACGCAUGCCCACCCGCUGACUCAUCCUGUGUUUAAGACCCAAAGGCUAACGAUUUGCAGUAUCUUCCACUCCGCGAUAUCGAUACUGUCACGAACACACUCAACUUCUCGACUCCCGACUGCCAUGUCAUUGGAGGAUGCGACGUCUACACGACGAAAGCGGCCGGAGGCGACAAGAAGCUCUACAAGAACAUCGAGAAUAGUUUGGAAUCGCAGUAUGAAUCUUUGGUUCGGCUCUCUGCUUCGCUAAGCCCGCCGUAUCGGACAGCUAGUGACGAUGGGAAAGGCAGUGAAAAGCACGGCGGCAGCAAUAGCAAGCGUGGGCGCACCGCGGACCCGGUACCGGAGAUCGACCUGUCGCGCGCAUCGCCCUUUGGCCCGCUCAGCCAGAUCACGGCUCGGCGGACUUUCGCGUAUCUGAUUGCAACAUUGAACGCAUCGCAUCCGGACUACGACUUUUCGCAUGUUCUCCGUCCUUCGGACUUUCGUAAGGAGCGAAGUCUUCGCGGAAUCAUGCACAAUGUUAACACGACCCUGCAGAAUCUAAGACCUAAGCAGACGGCCGCGAUGAACAAUUAUUUGACUCCUCCUUCACUAUCCAGUCCGGCACCUCAUGGUUUCGGCAUCGGAAACGACGUCUGGACCCAGAAGAUGUGGGACUUGAUCGACAAAGAGAUGCGCCUCCGGCAGUGCGAGAAGUACUCGUACGCACCGGAUGAGGAUCCAUUCGACGGCGAAGAGGGCGCUAUCUGGAGCAUGCACUACUUCUUCUUCAGCAAGGAGAAGCGUCGCGUAUGCUAUCUCUACCUCCGUGGGUUCAGCGUCAUCUCCCAUAGUCCGGUCCAUGCCGCUACCGAGGUGUAUCGACCGAAGCCAGUACAGCGGAAGGUCUCAAGUAUGCCAAUUGGCGAUGGUGCUGGAAAACGCGCCUCUUUCUGGUUGGGUAGUGACAUGCUGGAUCGGGACAUCGACAUGGUCAGCUGCGGGGAGGACGAAGACGAUGAAAUGGUCAUCUCCGAGCCAAACGAUGAUGAGGUCGAAGUCCCUUAUAUGAACCUGGACGAUAUCCGCAGCGAUCUGCUGGAUGGUGGCUAUAACUUCAUUGAUGAAGAUGGGGAGGACGAUCCGUGGCAGCCGCGCCAUGUCCGAGGUCUCAGCGAGGAAAUUAGUGCCUCGAUGGAUCUCGACCUCUAA